AUGGAUCUGGAUGGAAUCGAGGGACUGAACGAAGUCCGUCCGGCGGUGUACCGCGCGUCGCUGAAGCUUCGAUCCCUGCAGAAACUAUGCCAGCUGCACGCGGUGUCACUGAAGGAGCUCCGCCCAGCUCUUCGCCAUCUGGGCGGAGCGAGAGACCCCAACGUGAGGCUGUCUCAGGAGGACAUCAGACAGAGCUUGGAACGACUUUUUCAGGACGUCUCCCGGCAAACUCCGGGUCAGGUGACACCUGAGGCCACGGAUCAGACUAUCAGACUCCUCUUCAAACUGUUUGACAGAGAGCAGACUGGCUCAGUCUCCCUCAGGUCAGUGGAGGCAGCACUAAUUGCCCUCUCUGGAGACACACUCACAGCCAAACACAGAGCUCUCUUCCGAUUGGCUGGGAGCUGCAGCGGGAGACAGGGCAGUGAGGGCGGCAUGGUGACCCGGAGCGGCCUCAGAAUCGUCCUGGACGACCUGAGCCAGGUGCCAGCUGUUGUUCAGGAGAAUCACGUGUUUGGUCAUGUGGAAACAGCAGUGCGGUCUUGCUUCAGUGGGGUGAUCAGUGCGGGCGUGUGGGAGGAUCACUUUGUGGGCUGGCUGCAGUCUGAGCCACGCCUCCUGCUGUGGCUCUCCACCCUCUACAGGAUCUCAGUCAGCGAGUCUGUGCAGCACCGAGUCCGCUGUUAUGUGUGCAAGACCUUCCCCAUCAUCGGCCUCAGGUAUCGCUGUCUGAAGUGUGUGAAUCUCCACCUGUGCCAAACCUGCUUCCUGACAGAGAGACCCAGCAGAAAGCACAAAACCACUCACCCUGUUCUGGAGCACUGCACUCAGCCCACAUGGAGAGAGUCGGUGGCCGCGCUGGCAUCCAGCGCUCGUCACGCGUUGCUCCCCAGACGCUACACCAGGAGAGAGGCAGAGAGAAGGAGGGCCCUAGCUCAGCCGAGUCAAAUGGAGAGAGCCAGCAAAGGUGACGAUGUCGACUCCGUCCUGGCGCGGGAGCCAAAGUCUGUGCCCGUGCAUCGUCGGCUGGACUACACAGAAUCUGAGGAGGAGCUCCUUCCACCUCCCCCACCUCCACCGCCUCCUCCUCCUCCAGCCGUGAAGGUGGAGUCCAAAGCCCUCCAGACCGAGGACAGUGAGCAAGUACAGAGGAAAACUUCAGUCCUGGAAAAAGAUCUAACCGUCACACAAAAAGCCAUGAGGGAGUUACAGAGAGAAAAAUGGCUUUUGGAGAAAGAGUUUCAGGUGUGGAGAACAGCUGUCCAAUCAGAGCACGACACGCUAGAGGACAGGUGCAACGAGCUGGAGUCUAACAUGGUGGAGCUGAACCAGCGGAACCAGAACCUGCAGGAGGAGCUGAGCCGAGUCCAACACGCCCUGAGCACGAGAGACGGAGAUUAUUUAUACAGCGGCGAAUUACAGCAUCCUGUUUACAUGCCUCUGGCUCGCCGCUCACAUGACGACCUCUCCCUGAGAGACGGUCACCGCUCCCCGUCUGAGCGCUCACCGUCGCACCUCAGCUCAGAGGAGGACCUUGCCAGGCUGAGCGUCGCGGGCAGCUUGUCGAUCCGGCCGGCGGAGACCAUCUCUGACCCGCGGCCUUGUGGAGAACCUGGAGAGGACCCUGCGGGAGAAGCGGAGGAGGAGCCACAGUGUGGCACGCAGGAGCAUGACGUGGAGGAGCUGCCCACUGAUGGGUGUGUCUCUGGGAAAGAGAACUCAGAGGAAGAGGAGGAGGAGGAAGAAGAGGAGCUUUGUGACCUGGUGCAGCGCCUUAAGAGUACACUGUGCCUGCCUUCCACCGCUGAAUCUGUCCCCCUCCAGAGAGAUGAGCUUCUGAGGGCAGCAGGGGAGUUGGGAAUUCUGUGUGGCAUCUUGUCUCCUCUCUGA